GUUGUAUAUGUGUGCUUAAAUUUAUAAGGAUUAAGAGGGAUGUUUUGUUCAAUGAAAAAUUAUGAUUUUUCAUAUAAGAUUUGAGAAAUUAAAAUGCAUAUUAUUUUAACACAGAAAUGGAUGAGGAAUGCAAGUAAAUUUAGAAGUCACCAAUCUAAAACAAAAAUUAUCCAAAUAAAUCACUACAGAAAAAGGAUUUUGGUUUAUUUAUCUUUUAAAUAAAAAGAAGAACUUUAAAUGGGCCAAUAUUUCAAGUCUUCCAAACAUGAGAUGGGGCCAAAAUCAAAAUGUCAGAAACUAAAGUUUAAUAUUUAGGAAAAAGGGAAAAUAAAUAGAAAUUAAAAAAAAAUAAAUAAAAAGGAAAGUUUUCAGGAGGGCAUUCUGGGCACACAGAGAAAGGAACUGUCAUUCAAGACUACAGAUUCAAGAAACAAAAUCAUGUUAUUCCCUUAAGUUUUACCCCUCCCUCAUCAAAACUCCAACCCAACCUACUUGCCUAACAUUUCCUAAUUUCAACAAGCCCUGCUUACAACUUAAACAUCAUCCUCCUCUCUCCCUCUAUUUUCUCUCUCACUUCACACAAAUAAAAUAAUAAUAAUACAUACUCCAUUAAACCAGUAAGAGCUGAGUUGUUCCACCCUUUUUAGGAAAUUAAAACCCAAUCACUAAGCAUUUUCAGAAAUCAAAAAAUCCCACUAUUGAAAGACAGAGAAGAGAAGUGUCAACACACACAGUUUUUUCUCUAACUUUUUCUUUCUUUUUUUUUUUUUUUUCCUUUUUCCCUUCUUAGUAUUUUGCUCAAACAAAGAAAGAAACUAUCCAAGAUUUCAAGAAAGAGUAAAUAGGUCCCUUCAUCCUCUCCCAUCAAUCUCUUCCUUCUUUAAUGUAUAUAAUAUAUAUAUAUAUAUAUAUUGAAUAUUAGCAACAUAACUCUUUCCUUUGUUUCCCUUUUUCCUGCCUCAUCCCCUUCUCUCUCUCUCUCUCUCUCUCUCUCUCUCUCUUCAAGAUAUGGAAAUUCUUUAAUAUCAAUCACUAAUCACUACCUUUGUUUUCUUUAUUUGGGUAUCUGUUACAGCUUAUUCUCUUCCUUAAAAUUACUGUAUUCUUGCCUGGUUUAUCUUCAAGAAACCUUUAUCUUGGUCUCCUCUAAUUCUUAUUUAGGUUUUCUGUUGCACUGUCUCUGUUAUCAUUAGUUCAGAGAGAGAGAGCGGAGAAGUAACCCUAAAAACAAGGACCAUUUUGCAAGAGUAAUUAAAAAAGAAAAAGGAAGAAAAAAGAACUUUCACAUCCCGUUCAACAAGAUCCAUUCCAAGAAUAGAAAAAAGAAAAGGCUUUUAUGGAUUCAAUGCCUGAAAUGGACAGUUCCAACUCUGAAAAUACAAACAGAUUCAGCAACACCAUCAGCAACACCACCACCACUACUACUAUGUCAAUAGGAACUUCAUCAUCAUCACCAUCGUCAUCCUCAACACCUAGCCGCUAUGAGAAUCAAAAGCGCCGUGACUGGAACACUUUUGGUCAAUAUCUCAAGAAUCAUAGGCCUCCUCUUUCUCUGUCUAGGUGCAGUGGUGCUCAUGUUCUUGAAUUUCUUCGCUACCUCGAUCAAUUUGGCAAGACUAAGGUGCAUACACCAAUCUGCCCCUUUUAUGGCCAUCCAAAUCCACCAGCACCUUGCCCUUGUCCUCUCCGGCAAGCAUGGGGUAGUCUUGACGCACUCAUCGGUCGCCUUCGGGCAGCUUUUGAGGAAAAUGGAGGCAAACCUGAAGCAAACCCGUUUGGUGCUCGUGCAGUGAGGCUUUAUCUCCGCGAAGUUCGUGACUUGCAGUCGAAAGCUAGAGGGAUUAGCUAUGAGAAAAAGAAGCGAAAGCGUCCACCACAGCAACAAAUCCAAGCUCUUCCUCCGCAGCCAGGUGCAACUUAAUAUGAAAGAAAGAUAAAAUCAGACAGAAAGAAAGAAAGAUGAAUCUUUUUAUCAAGCAGUGUACUGGAGACAUUUCUCUUCUUGAUUGACAUUACCUUCUUCUAUAAUAUGGGUACUUUUCUUUACCUUUUUCUCUUAGUAUGAGUUAUGGUACUUUAUUAGGGUUAUUUCAUGGUUUCUUUUUCUUUUCCCCCCUCUUCCUGGGUAUUUCUGUUUGUUUUUAUGGAAGCAAAUUGCUAGAUCUGGGGAUACCUUUGAAUCUGCUUUUGAUGCAAACAGUGAUAGUAGCAGUAGUAGUUGUAGUAGCAGUAGCAGUAGCAGUGUUACUUGUAGUGGGAGUAGUGGUACUACAAAAAAGUGGUGGAAGAAGUGAUUGUACUUGCAGUUAUAUGGUCUAUGUUGGAACUGAAAGAGCAUCUAAUUUGCUCAUAGACUUGUAUAUGAAUUGUACUUGAAUAUUCAUGUCAUUUAUGCCAAGCCAUAGAUUUGCAAA